CCCAAGUGAGCUAAUAAUUUUAAUACUAAAUUAGCACUUACAUGUUAACAAUAAAAUUGAUUUUAAGGAUAUUAAGGUAUUAAAAAAAUUACAAAUAUUAAGCUUGAUUAAACUCUCCUCUUUUUAUCCAGACAACCUGAAGGGGUAUGACUCAGAUCAAUUGCACCCAGGUGACAGAGUUUAUUCUUGUGGGCCUCACAGAUCGUCAGGAGUUGAAGACGCCCCUCUUUGUGCUAUUCUUAUCCAUCUACCUUUCCACAGUAGUAGGCAAUCUGGGUUUGAUCCUACUCAUUAGAACAGAUGAAAAACUCAACACACCAACCAAUGUCUUCUUUCUCUUAGCCUUUGUUGAUUUCUGUUGCUCUUCUCGACCACCCAAAAUGCUUAGGAAUUUCUUGUACAAACAAAAUAUUGUUUCGUUCAAUGCAUGUGCAGCUCGGACAGGCUGUUUCCUGGCCUUCAUGACGGCUGAGUGCUUACUACUGGCUUCCAGCUAUGACCGUAUGGCCAUUUGCUUAACCCUCUGAUGUAUGGUGGUGAUGUCCCCAAAAAUCUGCAUUUAUUUGUGGCGCCACAGCUGCAGCAUCUUGGUUUUUGUUUCCACCAUCCUAACCUUCCAUCUCUCCUAUUGCCACUCCAAUAUUGUCAACCAUUUCUAUUGUGAUGACACUUCACCCCUCCUAAGGCUAACUUGCUCAGACACUAGCUCCAAACAGCUAUGAAUCUUUUCUCUUUCAUUAUCAUUCAUUUCCUCCUUCUAAUUGUCUUUUGUCUCCUACAUAUUCAUCAUUUCUGCCAUCCACGGAUCGUUCAGCUGAGAAGACAGAAGUACUUUCUCAACCGUAGCUCCCAUGCUGGCAGUCACCAUAUUCUAUGGGACCGCCUUAUUUUUUAUGUACUUACCUAACUCUAACCAUGCCCUGGACACAGACAGGUAGCCUCUCUUCUACACAGUAGUCAUUAUCAUUGAAUCCACUUAA